AUGAUUACUGUGAACACAAUACAAGCGGGUACAGUUUUUGCCUGGUUUAUGUUAGUUGUGAUCCUUCGACGUAUUGUGAUGCUUGGUGUAUCUAUGGCUGCACGACGAGGCAAACCUUUUCCACCAGGUACACGACCUCCUGAAGAUAAUAAAUUAGUAGGACAACCGACGACAACAACGACUCAACAUGAUUUUCCUAGAGAUGUACGUGUCAAUAGAACUAUUAACAAUGAUACAGAAAACGAUCCUUAUUUUAUUAUUUUAUUAUUAGCAACAGCUAUCUUUUCUGACACUGCUUUUUCUCCUCGGAACUCUACACGAACAAUUGUUUAUGGUAUUUUAUAUUUAUUCAUUCGUAUCGUUUAUGCUGUGGCGUAUAUUAUGGCUUUACAACCAUGGAGAUCAAUAAUGUUUGGCCUUGGUUUAGUUUUAACAUUGGCUUGUAGUCUCGAUUUAGUUAUAACCAUGUCAGGUCGACCCAAUUAA